AUGUCUCGCCAGUCCACUGUCACCUUUCAGACAGGGAGCCGAAGGGGCUUCAGCGCUGCCUCUGCCACCACUCCUACUGCUGGACGCUCCCGCUUCAGCUCUGUCUCCAUGGUUCGCUCCUCAGGAGGCCAUGGAGGGCUAGGGAGGAUCAGUGGUGUGGGCACUGGCUUUGGCAGUCGAAGUCUCUACAAUCUGGAUGGGUCAAAACGAAUCUCCAUUAGUGGGUCCAAUAGUGGCUUUCGGAGUGGAUUUGGUGGGAGAGUAGGUGGCUAUGGCUUUGGUAGUGGCAUUGGAAGUGGAUUGGGCUUUGGAGCUGGGGUUGGGGGUGGUUAUGGGGGUGCUGGGUUCCCUGUAUGCCCCCCUGGUGGCAUUCAAGAGGUCACUGUCAACCAGAGUCUACUGGCUCCCCUCAACCUGCAAAUCGAUCCCACCAUCCAGAGAGUGAGGAAGGAGGAACGAGAGCAGAUCAAGACCCUCAACAACAAGUUUGCCUCCUUCAUUGAUAAGGUGCGGUUCCUUGAACAGCAGAACAAGGUGCUGGAUACAAAAUGGACACUGCUCCAGGAGCAGGGUGUGAAGACUGUGAAACAGAAUCUGGAGCCACUUUUUGAGAGCUACAUUAGUGAUCUCCGGCGACAGCUAGACACUAUCACAAGUGAAAGGGGGAGACUUGACUCUGAACUGAGGAAUAUGCAAGAUGUUGUAGAAGAUUUCAAAGUCAAAUACGAAGAUGAAAUCAACAAACGCACUGCUGCUGAGAAUGAGUUUGUGGCCCUGAAAAAGGAUGUCGAUGGUGCCUAUAUGAACAAGAUGGAGCUGGAGGCCAGAGUCAACUCCUUGACAGAAGAGAUAAACUUUCUCCAGGUGUUCUAUGAAACGGAGCUGUCCCAGAUGCAGACUCAGAUCUCAGACACUUCUGUGGUGCUGUCUAUGGACAACAACCGAAGCCUAAACCUGGACAGCAUCAUUGCUGAGGUCAAAGCUCAGUAUGAGGACAUUGCCAAUCGCAGCCGGGCAGAGGCAGAGUCUUGGUAUCAGACCAAGUAUGAGGAACUUCAGGUCACAGCUGGACGCCAUGGAGAUGACCUCCGCAACACCAAGCACGAGAUUGCUGAGAUGAAUCGGAUGAUCCAGAGGCUAAGAGCUGAGAUUGACAGUGUCAAGAAGCAGUGUGCCAAUUUACAGACAGCCAUCGCUGAUGCAGAACAGCGUGGUGAGAUGGCUCUCAAGGAUGCCCGGGCCAAACUGGUAGACCUUGAAGAUGCCCUGCAAAAAGCCAAACAAGACAUGGCCCGCCAGCUUCGGGAAUAUCAAGAGCUGAUGAAUGUCAAACUGGCCCUGGAUAUCGAGAUUGCCACCUACAGGAAGUUGCUGGAAGGAGAGGAAUGCAGGUUGAGUGGAGAGGGAGUUGCUCCAGUUAAUGUCUCUGUGGUCACCUCAACUAUGUCCAGCGGCUACGGUAGCGGCAGUGGUGUCGGUGGCACUGGCCUGGGUCUGGGUGGGAGUACUGGCUAUUCCUACACCACCAGUGGUGGGCACAGCCUAGGUGGAGGGCUGGGGAGCUCGGGCUUCAGCGCUAGCAGUGGCCGAGGUCUGGGGGGCAGCUUUGGCAGUGGCAGUAGUUCCAGUGUUAAGUUUGUCUCUACCACCUCCUCCAGAAAGAGCUACAAGCAUUAG